AUGUCUCGCUUCUGCCAGCUCUCUGCCCUUCUUGCGCUUGCGCUGCCUCUAUUCACUACAGCUUCCCCAGUAGACCUGAAUGCUCUCCUUCGGCGCCAAGAUGUCGACACUCCACAAAACGCCAGCUUGCCAAACGUCACAAUCUAUUCAACUGGAGGGACGAUCGCGAGCGUAGGCACGUCGAAUACACAAACCAUUGGCUACAGCGUCGGGCUUGGAGUCCAACAGCUUGUCGACGCCGUUCCUGAAAUCCUGAACAUCGCAAACAUUGAUGGCUACCAGGUCUCGAAUGUUGAUUCUGGAAGGAUUAACAGCACCAUCCUGCUCAACCUCACGCAAUUGAUCAACGCGGAGCUGGCCAAAGAAACCGUAGCGGGCGUUGUGAUUACUCAUGGCACGGACACUCUGGAAGAGACAGCUAUGUUCUUGGACCUCACCAUCAACUCUACAAAACCAGUUGUCAUAGUUGGCGCGAUGCGGCCGGCAACUGCUCUUUCCGCAGACGGCCCGCUUAACCUGCUGCAAGCUGUCACCCUUGCAACAUCGGAGGUCGCUCGCGGAAGGGGUGUCAUGAUUUCACUGAAUGAUCGCAUCGGCAGCGCCUUAUACACAACAAAAAUGCACGCCAACGCCCCUGAUACCUUCUACGCAACCGAACAAGGCCAGCUAGGCUUCUACAUCAACCAAGUACCCUACUUCUACUAUGAGCACGCGCUUCCAACAGGAAAGCCGUUCUUCAAUAUUUCUGGUGCCACAGACCUUCCACACGUCGACAUUCUCUACGCACACCAGCAGGCCAACGGUGCGCUAGUGAAUGCCUCAUACGAGAGCGGUGCCGAGGGCAUCGUGUUUGCGGGCGUGGGGGCCGGUGGGCUGACGCCUGCAUACUCGCUGGCUGCGCAGGAGUUGUACAAUGCGACUGGGAUCCCGAUGGUCGCAUCUCACAGGAGCCCCGAUGGUUUUGCACCGAUAAGUGAGAGUAAUGGAUGGAUCAUUGGGAGUGGGCCUCUGAACCCACAAAAGAGUCGGGUUAUGUUGCAGUUGGCGAUCGAGGUUGGAUAUGACAAUGAGAAGAUUAGGAGUCUGUUUGCGGGUACGAUGCCGGACGCUGAUGCGUAG